AUGUUGUGGAGCGGGCUCGUCGGGAACCCCAGCACAUUCAAGGCAAAGAUCGCAGCGCCAGAUCCGAGCUCAGCCGCAGGGUGCAUUGUCACGCCGGAAAUCGCCAAGGCCAGUCUUCAGGAACAUCGUGUACGGGGCCGUCGUCGAUCGGAGAUUUCGAGGGCGAUCGCAUCGCCUGGCAACGCGCGAUUAGGUUGUUCGAUUCGAAUGCGCGAGACCCAUCUCUCCCCCGUUCCGGCUCGCCGCCCACCCGCAAUCGCCAUGCGCACACCGUUUUCGGCCAAAUCCAUUCCCAUAUCGGCGCGAUUCCGCCAUCUCCAUCUCCGAUCCUCGAAUUCCUCAAAAAUCGUGGGGCGCAUCACGCGGCAAGCUGAGAGUGGGUGCUUCCACGAUGGCGACGAGUGCAGCAAGACGAGUCCUGGACGGUGGUGGAUGGAGCGCGACUCCGCGACCGGGCGAGCGAAGCGACGGCGCGGUGUUCCUGACGCUGGCGAUGAUUUGGAAGUGCAGACAAGCGAUUGCGUGGCUGAGAAUCGAACCGAACACUGCGAUCAAGCUAUUCGGUCGUGUGUGCUGAGCGGGUUGUUGGGGCGUUGCGCCCGCACGCUGGCGAUGAUGAACCCGGACAGCGACUCCGGGGGAUGA